CUUCCGCCUGAUCGAGAAGUGCGCGAGAACAGAGUAACGACCGGCUUCUCGUAUUUCCCUCGUCUCCUUUCGUUUUCAACUCCUGUGGUUCUUCUUUUCGUUCUCCUAACCACCAUGAAAGGGCUUCCUCAAAGAGCGGCGAUUCUUCAUGUUAUACUCGUACAAGAAAGGGUGUCCCAGAUUCACAUUCUCCUCAAAGGUCAUUGGAAAAAUGAAUGGUCGGACUCCCUAGGGUUUUUCAUAAACUCCCGACAAAAUGUUUGCUGGAGAGCAAGAGGGGAAUGGAUUUCCUGCGGUCGGAGAUCCGGCUCGCAGGGUUUUGACUGGGGAGAGCAGCAGCAUACGUGGGUGUGGAGGCAGCGGCGAGGACGAGGAGGUGAGGUUUUUCGACAGCGAAGGGUUUCCUGACGGGUUCGGAAGGGCUGAGAAAAAUGCGCUUGUUGGGAGGAUCGCGGAGCUUGAGAAGGAGCUUCAUGAUUACCAAUAUCAUAUGGGUCUACUACUUAUGGAGAAGAAGAUGCGAACUUCUGAAUUUGAAGAGCUCAGGAAAGAAUUGUCAGAAGCCAGGGAAAACUUGAAACUUGAGCGUGCAGCAUUCUCCAGUACUUUAUCUGAAAACAAAAAGCAGGAGCUAAGUAUUCAGAUAGCUUUGGAGACUGAAAAGAAGCAUGUUUCUGAUCUUGAAAGGACUAUUUACAAAAUACUAGCUGUAGAGAAAUAUCUUCAUGAUCAAAGAGAAACUCUGCAAAGUUGGGAACCAAGCCUGCAGGAGCAUGAGUUGGAGCCCAAGGGAUCACAGAACUUCCUUGAUGAAAGGAUGAUGGACAUAACAUAUGAGAAAGAGGAAUUUAGUGAAAUACAGGAAGAAGUUGAAGAGAACCCGAAUAGCUUUGUCUUAAAGAAUAAUGCUUCUAACUACAGGGAAGCUUUUAUUAGCGAAAGACAUCAAAAUUUAGCUAGUAAAAAGAAGGAUGCUGCAAGUAAGCAAGAGAAGCUAGAAAAGAAAGAGAGAGAUCUACUUACCACUCAAGUAAAGCUUCCUACUAGAGACAAUGCUCUGCAAUCCGAGAAGCUAGUGUUUGACCACGAGUUGGAGGGUAAAAGAAAAUCAUUAGACUUUGAAUUACAGGAUAAAUUGAACAAAUUGGGUAUGCAAAAUGAUGUUAAGGGAAAAGAUGAAAGCCAGACCAUAGAAGAUCGCUUGGCUCAUAAAAUGGAAGUUGAAACUGAUGAAGUAAAAAUCCAGAAGGACAGGGAAACUCUCAACACAUUUUAUAAUAGGCUGCAGAAGUUUAAACAAGAACUUAUGAAGAAGAGGGAUCUUUUACUUUCUCUAUCCGAGCAGUGCAAGGCCUGUAUGAACUGUAGUAUUAUAUUUAGUGACAUAGACCUUGGAAGCCUUGAAACUUUUGAAGGAGCUGAACUUGCAGAUGACGCCAAUGAGAAAAGUAAAUUGAACUCGCUUAAUGCUGAUAAGCUGGGAGGUAGUGCAGAGCAACAGGAGGUUCUCUGUCAUGCAACAUCAACAUUUGAGAUUGAUUCAUAUGAUAGAAAAAUGCAAACCAUAAAUGAAGGAUCUCGUAAAAGGCAGAGAGCAUUUGACAUUGAAUUUAAUUUUCCUGGACAAAAGCGCUACAAUUUCAGACCUUCAACCAUAUUGAAGGUUUUGAUUAGCAAAAUGCAGUCUGAACAUCUAUUCGGGACAGCCAGUGAUGAAAAGGGUAUUUAUUAUGAACCAAGCAGUUCAGAUUAAUGCCUCUUUGUUUGCUCGAUCUUAAAGCACAGAGGUAUCGAAGUGACAAAUGAAUACUUCUGAAUGCAGAUUAUUUUAUCUCAGAAGAAUAGUCUUUGUUUUAUUUACUUUAUUUGAAAAUAUUGAAGAUUUUCAUCAUAUACUUGCAAACUUUUUCAGUUUUUCACAUUGUUGUCAACAUUACGUUUGAGCCAUUCUUCAUUUUGAAACUCCUCGUUUGUGCAAUCAUUCAAUGUUUGUGUAAUUCUCCAAAUAGUAGGGGUGGAAUUAGUCUCUCUUUUGAAAGUGGAAAAAAUAGAA